GAGAGAGAGAGAGAGGCAAAUAUAGGAUUCGUUCACAUGAACAACCAGACUCAGUCCCCCACAAUUUGCUGCUUUAACUGCUCUCUCUCUCUCUCUCUCUUCAUGUGGUGAUGAUGUGGCAUUAAUCAUCUUCCUCUCUCUGAUUCACAUCUUCCCCUCGAAUGAUCGAUUCGGAUUGAAUUGGCUCCAUUAGGUUAAAGAGAGAGGGAUGGUUUCAGAGGCUUGGUAUCGUAACCUAUGGAGAUUCCCAAAGAAACAACACGAUCAUCAUCAAUCCCAUAAAGAGAAGGCCGUGGUGCUCGGAGUAUUAGCCUUCGAGGUCGCGAGUUUACUCUCCAAACUCCUUCACUUAUGGCACUCCCUCAGCGACAAGAACGUCACGCGUCUCAGAGACGAGAUAACACGCUCCACGGGAAUCAAGAAGCUAGUUUCAGAAGACGACGACGACUUCGUCGUGAGGCUGAUACGCGACGAGACGAUGGAGAGCGUCGAGAGCGUAGCGAGAGCCGUGGCUAGGCUCGCGAGGAGAUGCAGCGAUCCCAAGCUGAAGAGCUUCGAGAGCUGUCUUUUCAGCUAUGGAGGUGAUGAUCCUUACGGGUGGCAGUUCGGGUGGAAGAAGAUGGAUAGGAAAGUUAAGAAGAUGGAGCGGUUUAUUUCGGUUAAUGCGAGUCUUUACCAGGAGACUGAGAUUCUUGCGGAUCUUGAGCAGACGGUUAAGAGAAUGACGAUGAGUAGUGAGUCUGCUGCGACCGAUAGUGUUUUGGAGUAUAAGAAAAAAGUCACGUGGAAAAAGCAUGAGGUGAAGGUUCUGAGGGAUGCGUCUCUUUGGAACCGGACUUAUGACUAUACGGUUCUUCUUUUGGUGAGAUCGGUGUUCACAGUCUUGAAUAGGACUAAACAUGUUUUUGGUGUUAGCUACAGAGCGGUGGAGGAGGGUAGUGAUGAUGUGGAUUCUGAUUUCAUCGGUCGGAGCCAAUCGGUUUCUACUGUUUUGGCGCAUUUAAUGUCUCAUCAGUCUGAGAGUGUUGGUCCUCCUAGAUUUGCUUCCGGUCCCCUUGGGAGAUUCACCGGUCCGGUUCCUGCAAGGUCCGCGAAGAUGAGUGAUUUCCUUUCGGAUACUCUCUGCACACAGUCCCCUGUGUCAGGUCCUCUUGUUGCGGAAAAGAACAAACGUUUCAAGUUUUACUCGGGUCCUCUUGGAAAGAUCACUUCCAAGUCAGGACCGCUUAUUGGAAUGGGGAAACACAACAAGAAGAUGGACCAGACCCCGGAAAGGCCUUCGGUUUCCUCAGAGAAGAAGCAAAUGAAACCAAACCGGUUAACACAGGUUGGCCCGUUUAAAGGCUGCAUGGUGUCUCAAGACGGUAUUACUCCACUCAGCACUAGGACAACCCGGAAUGGAGCUAGGAACCAUAUUCCUAACUCUGUCCAUGUUGAAUCCCGACCACCAAAGUUGUCAGAUGCUGCUCCUAAUACCCUCGGUGCAGCUUGCUUAGCGUUACACUAUGCUAACGUCAUCAUCGUGAUAGAGAGAUUUGUUGCGUCUCCUCACUUGAUAGGGGACGAUGCGAGAGACGAUCUUUACAACAUGUUACCGGCGAGCGUGAGAGCAUCGCUGAGAGAAAGGCUAAAGCCUUACUCGAAAAGCUUGAGUUCCGCCACGGUUUAUGAUCCAGGACUAGCGAAGGAAUGGACAGAGGCAAUGGCGGGUAUCUUGGAGUGGUUGGGUCCGUUAGCUCACAACAUGAUAAAAUGGCAGUCAGAGAGGAGUUACGAGCACCAAAGCUUGGUUUCGAGGACACACAUAGUUCUUGCGCAGACUCUUUCCUUUGCGAACCAGCAGAAGACAGAAGCUAUUAUAACGGAGCUUCUUGUGGGACUCAACUAUGUCUGGAGAUUUGGCAGAGAACUUAACGCCAAGGCUCUUCAAGAGUGUGCCAGUGAUAGUAUAACCCUUGAGAAAUGCAUGGACACAGAUAACUACUGAAGAUGUCCAAGACUACAUGUUUACUACCUCUUUGACCCGAACCGGCACUGGAACUCACCCCACGGGAAACAGAACCGUGGGCACGCCCGGUUAUCCAAUGCAGCUUGAACCAAACCAGAGGAACAAAAGCUGUUACAUUGCUCGAUUACCACGAGAGAGGUAUUAUGAUCUGCACGUCUCUUUAUUAUCUUAUCCCCUUUAGUACACUCUGCUUCGUGGAUUGCAAAUUCUGACUUGUUUGUAGUAGGAUGAUGAUGCAUUUGUAUAUUGUUUUAUGAUUUUAUUGUGGUUGAGUUACAUACUACUAUGUGCCACUGUUGUUUUUGGUUAUGUAGGUGAUACAGAAGAAUUCUUGAUUUCAAACUUUAGUGUCAACUUGUGCUUGAUGUUCUCUUCUCUUUCCGUUUCAUUUGAUUCGUAUGUGAUGUGUUUGUCAAGUUUUGGAACCAAAGUUCUUAGAUGUAUAAGUUGAUUGUGAUUUUACAAGUUUUAUGAAUGCACAAUAUGUAAUUGCAUAGUUGGCCAGCUGGAGAUUAGUGCUUUUAUUCUA